CUUGCAGGACCGACCUUUCGUGGGAAAUGUACGGAGUAUCGACAGGGUCACGUGCAUAGUGAGGAGCUGUCAUCAUCGGGCUGACGAAACAAUCCAGCUAAGAAUUGUUUAUUCCGUCUCUCUCAUGGUGCUUGACGCCGAUCCUACGGGAUUGCUGCCCUCAAAUCGAAUCCGAGGGACUCUCAAACGGUACUCGUGCACGCAAACUAAUGUGAGCGCCAGGCCUCGCCGAUGACUAAUUAUCCAAUUUCACCAAUUUGCCAGUCAAACUUCGACCCCUGAUUCCGGCUCCAGGCACUCAGAGAACACCAUUCCGGACUCGCAUGGCAAUGGUUGGUGAAAGCUACGUCAAUCCGUUUCCCGUGUACCUUGAAUGACAGUAGCACCUCACAUCACAGCUCGCAUUGAGCUUCAAAUUGGUAGGCAGCACGCCAUCGAGCGGUUGCCACGGGAGUUUCAGACUUGGGAUGGCCAUGUCAGUUCCACACAAAGACAAGGACGGCCUUGUGGUUCGUGGCUAUCACUCGCUGGCUGUGCACACGAACCACCUACAACAAGGAGCUGCUACCCCGCCACAUCAAACAGAAGACUGGAGGGGCGAGUUUACGAGAAGCUCUAGCUUUCCGGGUCGCGUUGCGUUGUGCACUGCCCCCUGAGAGGAGAGGCCGGUUGGGGUGCAAGCUCUGGCGACGUGGAACGGCACUGAUGGUCGCUUCGGUUGUCCACUGGUAACGUACAGUUGCGAACGGCAGUCUCAUAGAAAUAACUGGCAGUGUAACAUUCAUUCCUUUAGCAACUCCCGCCAAGAUCGAGGUCGGCGUAAGCGUUUAGAGAGACUCUCGCGUCACUGGAAUCUGACGUCAUCUCGAUGUCGACCAGCAACGUGGAAAAGCCGGCGACUCGAGAGACACGAGGACUCUGUUAUUGUUCGGUAGAUACAUGUCUUCUAGUCAGUCAGACUUGCAACGGAGCAAAGAGUCCGCGCCACCCGCCGGUUGUGGUUGUGCUGGGGCGCGUGAAACACUGAUACCUCGAGAUACAAACGCAGAAAGACCCGUCUCAAUCGGGACGAACCACGCUCCCGCCGGGUGCCAGACUCCUCCAAGCUUUGCCUCGCUCGCUAUCACCACACCCCGGUUCCUGGGUACAUCUUGUUCCCAUCGAACCCCGGUUUCCGCAGACACUGCAAUCCUGCCCUCAUCGGCUCACAACAGCAAACAUCAAACGGAAUUAUGCCUGGGAACAACUUACCGGGCAGCACACCACUCACCACCCGCAUUCCAACUUGACCGGUCCUCUACGGCAGCAGGGCAGCGGGAGGUUGUCGACCCGGCACAGGGCUUGCCCACGAGAAAUGACAUGCCUUUGCCGUCAGACACUGAACGACCACAAUGCUAUCCCUUUAGCCCGUUUCAAUGCUUUCGUCUCCCCUGCAGGCCCCUUACUAGCUGA